AUGGCAUUAAACUUAUUAUCAAGAUAUAUCGUUGAGGACUUGCCUCCAAAGUCCAACAACAUGAUAUGUGUAAAGAGCACUGAUACAGUUCCUUUUGUAUUUAAAUUAUUAGCAAACAGCAAUAUAUUGGCAGCUCCAGUAUUGAAUGAAGAUAACAGACCAAUUGGAUUGAUUGACUUUGUUGAUAUUGUAUGCUGUGUUGUACAGAUUAUCAAUCAUACUGGAUUGAUGGGUAAUGACUACCAUUCAUUCAUUGAGAGAGAGGAUCUUUUGGAGCAUACCUAUGCAUCCCAUAUUACAGACCUUUCACAGAGGAACCCUUUCAUCCCUGUUGUACAGGGAGCAUCCUUGUUGGAAGCCAUCACAGUGAUGGCUAAGAACCAGCUUCAUAGAGUACCAAUCGUAUCCAAUGAUAUGGAGUCUGGUUUGGGACCAAAGAUUAUAAACUUGGUCACUCAAUCUGCGAUCGUGCAGUUCUUGGCCAAGCAUAUGGAUGAUCUUGGCAUUUGGAGUAACAGAACUCUAAAGGAUCUUGGAUUUGUACAGAAGCCAGUGAUCUCUAUCAAUUUCCAUAAGAGAGCAUUGGAGGCAUUCCAGUUGAUGGCUGAAAAGAGAGUCAAUGGUAUUGCAGUUGUUGAUGACAGGAACCAACUGUUGGCCAACAUUAGUGCAAGGGAUCUAAGAGAGUUGUUGAAUGAGAAUAGGUUGUUCGAUGAUCUCUACAAGUCUGUCGGUGAGUUUGUGACCAAAGUUAGACAACAAGAUUAUCGUGGUGUGCAUCCUAGUAUCUGUUGUUCACAAGAGGAUACGAUGCGCAAGUUAAUAAUGAGUAUGGCCGCAGCUAAAGUACACAGAGUCUACAUGGUGGAUAGUGAUCGUCGACCCACCGGUGUCAUUUCCUUGCACGACAUUCUCCUAAGUCUUCUAGACCACGUCAACUCCGGAACAGGAUGCAACUAA